CCAUCUGCCACCAAGUCAGGGAGGCAGGUACACAGGGUUUGGAAACACUCCAGUAGAACAGAAGAGGGAUGACUUCUUGGACAACACACUGUCCUCCCUGUCGUCUGGCUGGUCCACAUUUGCACUGAGUGCUACCAAGUUUGCUUCUGUGGCCACAGAAAAGGCAACACAGCUGGCCAGUACCACAGCUAAGAAAACCAAGGAGUUGAGCAGUACAGUCAGUGAGUCUGUCAUUAAGCCAACAGCAGACAAGGUGAAUUCUGUAUCUGUAUUCCAGACUGUAUGUGUUUUGAAUUCUUUGUCUCUAUUUCAGGUCAGAGACGGUAACUUAUUAAAUGAAGUAGGAACAUCAAUGAGUGGAUUUGCAUCAAAGCUGACUGCUGCAGGCACAAAAGGCUGGAAGGAUUUACAGUCAUUGUGGGGUGAACCCAAAACGACCUUGACCUCAGCAGAUACUUCCCCUGGUGAAAAGUCUUCUCUGCUGGGCAAGACAGCCUACACUAGUGGAGAAGAGGCCUCCAAAAACCAGCUGCUAGAAGAUGAAGAUGAAUCCUGGGGUCAGUGGGGUCAAGGGGGUGACUGGUCCUCUAGUAAAGCCUCCAGCAAGGCCAACAACUCUGACUGGUCGGCAGGCAAUGAUGAUGACCUCGAGGCCUGGCUAAAUGAUGACACUUCCUCACUGUCACGUCCCAGCAAGUCCAAAACUAAACCCAAGAACGACGAUGACUGGGACAGUUGGAAAACCACAGAAUCCUCCAAGUCUUCCUCAUCAUCUAGAGGCAAGAAGAAAUCCUCCAACAAGACCUCCGGCAUCUCUUCAUCUGAAGGUUGGGAUGAUGCUGACUGGAGCGGCGGAUUUGUCUCCACUUCCACGUCCAAGCCAACAGAGCCUCUAGUGGAAAACCUGCUGGGCUUGGACAGUGGCACCAGCGUGGCCAAGUCAGCCGCUGGCGAUGGUUGGGACAAUGAGGUCUGGGCAGCUGACGGGGAAGACACUGAUGACUGGCAAACAUUGGAACUAACGGGCAAUAGCAAACAGACAAGAUAA